GUGUGUGUUAAUCAGCUAAUAAUAAUAAUAAUAAUAAUAAUUAAAUUGGAUCUUUUUUCGCUACAUCAAGGGGAUCCUUGGACCCUGUUUUGAUAUUCAGCUGGUAUUUUUAAAAGCCACAUAACGAAGUAAAAAACACAAGCACAGUAUGUCUGUUUCUAUGAGAGAUUUGGAUCCAGCCUUUCAAGGAGCCGGACAAAAAGCAGGGAUUGAAGUGUGGCGCAUUGAGAACUUUAAGCCAGUGGCCAUUCCACAGUCUUCUCAUGGCAAAUUUUUCACAGGGGAUUCCUAUGUUAUAUUAAAGACUAUUGCAUUAAAAAGUGGUGCAUUGCGUCACGACAUCCAUUAUUGGCUAGGUAAAGAUACAAGUCAGGAUGAAGCUGGAGCAGCAGCCUUAAAGACGGUUGAGCUUGAUGCAGCUCUUGGAGGACGUGCAGUUCAGUAUCGAGAAGUUCAAGGACAUGAAACAGAGAGGUUUCUUUCUUACUUUAAACCAUGCAUCAUACCUCAAGAAGGUGGAACUGCUUCUGGUUUCAAGCAUGUUGAAGCUGAGGAACACAAGAUCCGUAUGUUUACUUGCCAAGGCAAGCAUGUAGUUCAUGUAAAAGAGGUCCCUUUUGCUCGAUCGUCGCUCAAUCACGAUGACAUUUUUAUCCUGGAUACUGCGAAUAAGAUAUUCCAGUUUAAUGGCUCCAAUUCAUGCAUUCAAGAAAGGGCUAAAGCCCUAGAGGUUGUGCAGCAUAUUAAAGAUACUUAUCAUGAUGGGAAAUGUGACAUAGCCACUGUUGAGGAUGGAAAGUUGAUGUCUGAUGCUGAAACUGGAGAAUUCUGGGGUUUCUUUGGUGGCUUUGCUCCACUGCCUAGGAAAACAGCAACAGAUGACAACAAAAGUGCCGAUGCUAUUCUCACUCAGCUGUUUUGUGUUGAGAAGGGGAAGGCAGAACCUGUUGCUGCUGAUUCCUUGAUAAAAGAGUUACUGGAUACAAAUAAAUGCUAUCUUUUAGACUGUGGGUCAGAAAUUUAUGUGUGGAUGGGGAGAAGUACAUCUCUUGAUGAAAGAAAAGCUGCGAGUGGAGCUGCAGAAGAAUUCUUGCGUAGUCAAGAUAGACUAAAAGUUCAUAUCAUCCGUGUGAUUGAGAAUUUUGAAACGGUGACUUUCCGGUCAAAAUUUGAUACCUGGCCUCAAUCAACCGAGGUGGCAGUCUCUGAGGAUGGUAGAGGCAAAGUGGCUGCACUCUUAAAGCGCCAAGGGGUUAAUGUGAGGGGCCUACUUAAAGCUGCUCCUGCAAAGGAGGAACCUCAACCAUAUAUUGAUUGCACUGGAAAUUUGCAGGUUUGGCGUGUAAAUGGCGAAGAAAAGAUUCUUCUUCCAGUUCCCGAUCAGUCAAAAUUUUACAGUGGAGAAUGUUAUAUCUUCCAGUAUACAUAUCCCGGUGAAGAUCAAGAUGAAUGCCUUGUAGGGACAUGGUUUGGAAAGGAAAGCGUUGAGGAAGAACGAGUUUCAGCUACCUCACAGGCAUAUAAGAUGGUUGAGUCACUUAAGUAUAUGGCUGCUCAGCUACAAGUUUAUGAUGGAAAUGAACCUAUCCUUUUCUUUGCAAUUUUUCAGAGCUUUCUGGUUCUUAAGGGUGGUCUAAGUGAUGGGUACAAAAAUUUUAUAUCAGGGAAAGAACUUCCUGAUGUAACUUAUAAAGAAGACGGUGUCGCACUAUUUCGAGUUCAGGGCUCCGGACCAGAAAACAUGCAAGCAAUCCAAGUUGAACCUGUAGCUUCAUCAUUAAACUCCUCGUACUGUUACAUACUACACAGUGGUUCUUCUGUCUUUACAUGGAUUGGUAAUCUUACAACUCCGGAGGUCCAAGAACUUGUCGAGAGGCAACUGGAUGUUAUUAAGCCAAAUAUGCAGACGAAGUUACAGAAAGAGGGUUCGGAAUCUGAAAUGUUUUGGGAAAUUUUAGGUGGAAAAUCUGAAUACCCGAGUCAGAAGAUUGCAAGAGAUGCCGAAAGUGACCCCCAUUUGUUCUCAUGUACAUUCUUAAAAGGAGAUUUGAAGGUCACCGAGAUCUACAACUUCAACCAAGAUGAUUUGAUGACUGAGGAUAUAUUUAUUCUUGAUUGUCACUCGAGCAUUUUUGUUUGGGUAGGGCAGCAGGUUGAUCAGAAACUGAAAACGCAAGCAUUGGUUGUCGGGGAGAAAUUCCUGAAACAUGAUUUUCUUCUUGAGAAAUUAUCUUAUGAAACACCACUAUAUAUCAUAUCGGAAGGAAGUGAACCACAAUUCUUUACACGUUUCUUUACAUGGGAUUCAAGCAAAUUUGCAAUGCAUGGGAAUUCGUUCCAAAGGAAGCUAUCAAUUAUAAAAAAUGGAGGUCGCCCAACUUUGAAUAAUAAACCAAAAAGGCGAGCACCAGUAUCACAUGAAAGAAGGUCUGUAACUAAUGAAAAACCACAACGUUCAAGAAGUGUGUCUUUUAGCCCCGACCGUGUUCGUGUAAGAGGCAGAUCUCCAGCCUUCAAUGCUCUUGCUUCCACAUUCGAGAAUGCCAAUGCAAGGAACCUGUCAACUCCCCCUCCCCAAGUGAGGAAACCAUAUCCCAAGUCAGGGCCCACUGAUUCUUCUAGUGUUGCUGCUAAGUCGGCAGCUAUAGCAUCACUAACCGCCACUUUUGAACAACCUCCACGAGAACCUCUGAUGCCCCGUUCUGUGAAAACUCGGCCUAAGUCUCCACCAAAGACUGAUUCCAACUCUAAGGAAAAGUUGAUGAGCAGUAAAAUGGAAGCCCUCACAAUACAAGAAGAUGUUAAAGAAAGUGAAGUUGAAGAUGAGGAAGGGCUGACAUUGUACCCAUAUGAACGUCUUACAACAGUAUCCACUGACCCUGCUGCUGAUAUAGAUGUUACCAAGAGAGAGACAUACCUGUCCUCAGCUGAGUUCAGAGAAAAGUUUGGAAUGACCAAAGAAGCCUUCUACAAGCUGCCAAAAUGGAAGCAAAAUAAAUUAAAGAUGGCACUUCAGCUGUUUUGAGUUCUAUGCAGCCUGUCACAAAUUUUGGGCGGCACAGUUUUUCGUGUUUUAGUGUGAUAGUGAGAGCAUCGGUGCAUUUUUAGCUGCUUCUGCUCUCAAGAAGCUGGUUUACGGUUGAUAUGAGAGUUGGAUUGCAAUUUUCAGUUAACUCUACUUUCUUCUGAUCUGAAAUGUAGCUUUGUUUAUCAUUUCUUUCUUUUUUUUCCCCUUCCUGUGGCAGUUGCAUGGUCAUUAUUUAUGGUCACAGGUUUGUUGUGAGUUUGCAUUUUUGGUUGUUUUUUCUUUUAAUCUAUUAUUCCAUUAUUGAUUAUUGAUUUCAACUGAGCUAUAGGGGUUUGCGGAUGCAGACACUUUUUAGAUUGUAUUGUACUCCGACGGAUGGAGGUAUGUACAGGACAACAAAUGAGUGUAAAAACCUGUAAUGUUAAUAGUAAAUUGUGUGUUUUGUACUGUAUAUUGAGAUUUUGACAGGUUAUAAUUUGUAAUUUACAUGAUGGUAAUUGUUUUGGGCAGUCUAUAUGUAUCA